AUGUCCAGCAUCCUCGACCUCUCCCCGGUCACCCUCCUCCUCCAGGAGGUCCAGACGGUCACCUCGGCAAUGCGCAGGAACCAGCGCUGGGCCUCAGUCCCCGCCUCGACCUACGCGUCGACUGGACUUCCAGCGUCCAUCUCCAGCCGCGGCAGAAGGGACUCGUCGCUGUCACCGACUUCGACAACAGGCAAACGCCGUACCGACGAUGAGGGAGACCUCAUGCUUGGCUUUAUCGAACUCCGUCGCACCCUCACGGGCGUCAGUGAUAUCACUACCCUCGUGCCGCUCACCAUUGUCGAGCCGUUUAUCGCUCUGGUGCGCUCGCCGCUCACCUCGGGUCCCAUUACGUCUUUGGCCCUGACGUCGUUGCAUUCGCUGGCGCUCCACGUUCUGCCGCUGUACCUCCCUGCCUCGCUGCCACCCCCUAUCGGCCCAGCGAGCCCACUCCAACUCAUGAUGGUGCACAUGACCUCGGCGCUGGCUCAGUGCCGUUUCCCGUCGUCGUCGCCUCAGCAGGACGAGCUUGUGCUCCUCCGCCUCCUCCGCGUCAUUGAAGCUCUCACGACACCGGCCGCUCUGACUGUUGCCUCCAGCAGCCGCCAACCCCAGAGCCUUCUCGACCACAUGGGCGACGAGAGCGUCUGUGAGCUCCUCGAGGUCGGUCUCGGCAUGCUUGCGCGUGGUCGCUUAAGCGAGGGAUUGAGGAGCACAGCCCAGCUCUGUGUCCAGGCCAUUACUCGCGCGUGCUUUGUACGUCUCAAGAGUCUGAGACCUGAGGACGUCGAGUUGGCUCUCAGCAACCGCUCCCACGACAUGGACAAGGUCAAGGACAAGGUCACUGUCCCCGACGAGCGCCAGUCGCAUGACACUACCGCUGCGCCAACCUCACCUCCUCCCGGCGAGGAGCUCGAGGAGCAGCAGGCAGAGGAAGACAAGGAGGGUCGUUCGUCUCAAGAAACCGCAAAGUCGUCUGGGACUGCCAAGGGCGAGGACUCUUCCAAGCGGGAUAGCAAGGAUGAGUCUGAGGCCAAGGCUCCCGCACAGGCGGAAGGUCCGCCCCAGUUUGCGCCAUACGGUCUGCCGACAAUGCUUGAGCUCCUGCGCGUGCUCAUCGCACUCUUGAACCCCAACGAUGCGGCUCACACAGACUCCAUGCGUCUGUCCGCCCUCGCUGUCCUGAAUGCAGCCCUCGAAGUCGGCGGAUCGAGCAUUGGCAACUGGCCCGAGCUCCGCGAAGGUGUCCGCGACGAAGGGUGCCGCUACCUCUUCCAGCUGACGCGCUCCGACUCGCCAGUGCUUCUUGCUCAGAGCCUCCGCACCACGUCCACCCUCUUCUCUACACUCCUUCCCCAGCUCAAGCUGCAGCUCGAGCUCUUCCUCUCCUACCUUGUCGACCGCUUGACGCCGCCGACGCCUUCCCCUAUCCCUCCCCACCUCCUGCGUUCCGACUCGCGCCCCUCGCGCCCAGGUACUCCUGUCUCGCACGGCGUGACCACCGCCGAUGGCGGCGUCGAAGAGUCGAGACCAGAGACUCCCGUGGCCACCCCCAAGCCUUACGCUGGUCUCCCUCCCAUCCCUGCCGAGUCUAAGGAGCUUUGGCUCGAGACCUUGACGCAGAUUGCAGCGCGACCGAGCUUCAUGGUCGACUGCUGGGUCAACUUUGAUUGCUCGACCGACAGCGAGGACAUUUUUGAGCGUCUCAUCGCAUUUGUGACCCGCGGCGUCUACCCCAGCGGACCUGCCAAGACCGACGGCUCGACUAUGUUUGAGGGCCUCGACAGCGCCCAGCUGCUGUGUCUGGAGAUCCUUCUCUCGUACAUCAACUCGAUGGCUGAGCGCCUCGAGGAUGGCGACGAGCCGUGGCCCAAGGAGGCCGUCCCCGUCGAUGAACUCACUCUGUCCAAGAGCCGCAAGGGUCUCCUUAUCGCCGGCACAGUCCAGUUCAACAUCAAACCCAAGCUCGGUAUCCAAAUGCUCGAGAAGAGCGGCAUCAUCGCCGCCGACGACGGCGAAGGAACCCCGGAAGAGCGCCGUAACCGCGCUAUUGCUCGUUUCCUCCGUUCGUCCUCGCGACUGGACAAGAAACUGCUUGGAGAAUACAUUUCCGCGCCUGCCCAGGAAAGCCUGCUCAAGGAGUUUAUGGGCCAGUUCGACUUCAAGGGCAAGUCUAUUGCCGAUGCGCUCCGUGAGCUCCUGGAGACUUUCCGUCUCCCUGGCGAGUCGUCACCCAUUUCCCGCAUUACCGAGGUGUUUGCCAAGCACUUCUUCUCUUUCAGCCCACCCGAAAUUGCCACUGAGGAUGCCGUCUACGUCCUGGCCUACUCGGUCAUCAUGCUUAACACGGACUUGCAUAACCCGCAGAACCGCAAACGCAUGACCAUCGACGACUACAGGCGCAACGUCCGCGGUGUCAAUGACGGCAAGGACUUUGACCCCGAAUACCUCGCAGCCAUCCAUGAGUCGAUCCGCAAGCGCGAGAUUAUUCUCCCGGAGGAGCACGUCGGCCAGCACGGUUUCGACUAUGCCUGGAAGGGGCUUAUUCUGCGGUCACGUACCGCUGGUCCCACCAUCAGCUGCAACACGGCCCAGUUUGACGAGGCCAUGUUCAAGUUGUCGUGGCGCCCCCUCGUGCAGAGCAUUGCGUACGCUUUCACCAUGUCGGCCGCAGACGAGCACGUCAUCCAGCAUGCCAUCACUGGAUUCAGGCAGUGUGCCACUCUUGCGGGCCACUUCCAAUUGCCGGAAGUGUUCGACAACAUUGUCCAGUCCCUUGCUCCCGCCACUGGUCUGCUCGACGACACCGAGGACGGCUACCACAUGGGCAACUAUCCCUCGGUGGAGCGCGACGGCGUGUCGCUUACGGUGUCACCGCUGGCAAUCCGCUUUGGUCACAGCUACCGCUCCCAGCUCGCCACCGUCGUUCUGUUUGCAAUCGCCAACGGCAACGGCAAUGCAGUGCGAGAGGGCUGGAACCACAUUUUCGAAAUGUUCCAGACUCUCUUCUUGCACUCGCUUCUGCCGGCGCCCAUGCUGCAGAUGGAGGACUUCUUGGCCGGCACGACCACCAUUCCCCUCAAGCUCGCCUCACCUGCUGCGGCGCCCGAGCGCCGCCCCGAGGGUGGUCUCCUGUCCACCCUCUCGUCGUACCUCCUCAGCCCGUACGGCUCGUCGAACGAUGCCCUUUCGGUCGAGACGUCAGAGGACGACGUCGAGGCGGCCCUUGUUGCCGUCGACUCGCUGGCCUCGUGCAAGCUCGAGGAGCUGUACGCCGAGAUUCUCCACCUCGACGUUGACGCCCUCAUCCCGGCUCUCCGAGCCAUCCGCUCCCUUGCCGAGGCUCGUACCACGCACCGCCUCGAACCCCGCGCGUCUCCCGAUGGUCCCCACCGUUUCGAGGGCCAGCUGCCGUACGACCCUGCGUGUGUCUUCCACCUCGAGAUGAUGGUCAGCCUCGCUGCCCACGGUCCCGAGCACGUCGCCGAGACAUGGCCCAUCAUCUUCGAGUACAUCUCGGCCCUCCUCUCGAGCGCUCAGAGCUACAGCGUGCUCCUCAUUGAGCGUGCCGUUGUCGGCCUCCUUCGCCUCUGUCUCAUUGUGUCGGAGCAGCCUGCCCUCCGCGACCAGCUGUACAUCGCUCUUGAUGUGCUGCGUUCGCUGCCUUCCUCGGUCCUCAACGCCGUCUCGGAGCAGCUUAUGGCUGGCGUGGCCAAGAUUUUGGAAAUGGACCCCGGAGUGCCUCGCUCGCAGACCGAGUGGGGACUCAUCAUCGCCCUCUUCCGCGCUACUGUCGCUCACCCCGAGGCGUCCAAGGUGACCCUCACGAUCGUUCAGAAGAUGGCUACUGGCGGCGAGCCCGGUCUGUCCCCGGACAACUUUGCCGGUGUGGUUGCGCUGCUCGACGAGUUUGCUACGGCCGCCGGUGCGGCUGCAGCCGGUCGUCUCCAGCUCAACCGCCGCACCUCGGGCGGCGUCGUGCCCACCUUGGGACCCACAGUCGAGCGCGGCCUCACAGCCCUCGACUCACUCUACGAACUGCGCAACGCCAUCCCGACCUUGAUCGCGGCUAGCGGCAAGAACCCCCACGACGCGUUCGCGGCAUUCUGGCUCCCGCCUCUUCUCGUCAUUGGCAAGCAGUGCGUCAACGGCUACCGCGAGAUCCGCCAGCGCGCCAUCUCGUACCUCCAGCGUCUGCUGCUCUCGCCACAGCUCCUGAGCGCAGACGAAAACACCCUCCCGAUCAUCUUUGACCGCGUGCUCUUCCCCGUCCUGGACGAACUCCUCAAGCCGUCGUCGUAUGACCGCGAUCCCGCCGCCGCCGUGGAGAUGCGCCUCCGCGCCGCCACUCUCCUGUGCAAAGUGUUCCUCCAGCACGUUGUCGCCCUCACGGAGACUUCCGCCGUUGUUGGCGUCCAGUUUGUGCGCGUCCUCGACAAGCUCGAGCGCUUCAUGCGUGGCGACAGGGACAUGCUCAACGAGGUCUCGGAAUCGCUCAAGAACGUCGUGCUCGUCAUGCACUCUUCAGGUCUGGUCAUCGCGCCCUCGGAGCCAGACACCCGCACGCCCGAGCAGCGCGAGCUGUGGGCUGCUGCAGCGCCCAGGAUUGAGCGCAUGGUGCCUGGAUUCCUAGGCGAGGCUUUAGCUCCUCCGCCCCCAGCUCCUGCACGCGUGUCCGAGUCGGGCGGCGGCGGCGACAAUGCCGAGGCGGGCAACAAGGAUAAGGAGGCCGACCAUGUUCACGCCGAGGGACAGACGGUCGAGGCAUGA